UUUAAAGCGUUCGCGUUUUACAGUGCGUUAAAAGAGCAUGGAUUGAGUGAAAAGUAGAAGACAGCGCCUGGUAGUAACGCGGGGUGUCCACCAGUGGGGGCCAGCGAGUCAACAAUUGACCCCCUAGUAAGCAGAAUACACGUUUUAUUACAUUGACUGUACGUGCAUCUUCCAAGUCAUUUUACAUGAUGAAAUGAAUUCACAUAGCUGGAAACUGUGUAAUCUGUCUAUAAACCGCACAGGGAAUAGAGCGAAAGUAAAUCAAUAAACUGCUGAAGCAUGAUGAGCUGAAGCAUGAUGAGGAAACAUGAUGAGAAAUAUGCUAUAUAUCAUGGAUUAGUUGCUGUGCGUCGCAAACACAAUAUUUAACGUAAACGACCAGGUCAUUGUGUGUCUUCAAUACAGUCCCCACGGUCAUCUCGUCCUCCCUCCCCUUAGUAUCCUCUGAACCCAUUUAACCGCACCAACAUUUGCCAUAAAACUCCUCUCGCCGCUAACGUCAGCUGAAGUACGCGCGUGCGUGGUCGCUGCAGACCGUCCCGCGGGAGAUGAACGGUGGACUUUGAGCGGGGCUGGUCCACGCUGGUCCACGCUGGUCCACCCCCCCUCCCUCAAACGAAACGGUCGCAGCGAGCGCGCACAGUCGGGUAGCGCGUGAGGACCAAAGGGGCGCCAUGUACUGCCUGCGGGGACCCAAACUCAGCUCGUCUGAGGAGAUGCUGCGCUACGCCAGAAGCCAGAAGGUGGUACAGAUGAACUUGGAGCUCAUAGGCAUGGAAGGCGAUGCGGACCUCCAGUUCCUCCUUCAGGGGGGAGACCUCCUCAAGGUCCGCUCCCUGUCCUGGAAGAAGACGCGCCACUUCAGGCUCAUGGAGGACUGUAAAACCAUGUGGAGUGAAUCGAGGAAAAUGUUCAAGAAUAGCAAGACCUUUUCACUCGACGACAUCUCGGCGGUGCGAAUGGGCCGUCAGUCGGAGGGCCUGCAAAAGAACACGGAGGACCUCGUGGAGGGCCGCUGCUUCUCCAUCAUGUUCAAGGGCCGCCGCAAGAACCUGGACCUCAUCGCCAGCUCAGAGGAGGAGGCCAAGCGGUGGGUCAACAGCCUGCAGAAAGUGGUCUCCAACAGAAACAACCUCAACCGCCUGCAGAAGACCGAGCAUUGGAUCUUCAACUGCCUGAGGAAAGCCGACAAGAACGAGGAUGAUAAGAUGAGUCAAUCGGAGCUCAAGGACUUCCUGCGUCUGAUCAACGUCGAGGUGGACGACAAGUACGCCGAGAUGCUCUUCCAGAAAUGCGACAAAUCCAAAUCAGGAUACCUGGCUGGAGAGGAGAUCAAACAUUUCUACGAAUUGUUGACCCAACGGGAAGAGAUCGACAUCAUCUACGGGGAGUACGCUAAGCCGACGGGCUUCAUGAGUCCUCAGAACCUAGUAGACUUCCUGAUUAAAGAGCAGAGGGAGGAGGCCACGCUUGCCGACGCACACAACAUAAUCCAGAAGCACGAGCCAGAUGACAAUGCCAAGGAGAAGAAUCUGCUGUCCAAAGACGGCUUCCUCAUGUACAUGCACCACCCAGAGGCCAUGGUGCUCGAUCCAGCCCACAGAGAGGUGUACCAGGACAUGAGCCAGCCCCUUAACCACUACUUUAUCUCCUCCUCGCACAACACCUACCUUAUGGAGGACCAGCUCACAGGGCCCAGUAGCACGGAGGCUUAUGUCAGGGCCUUGCUGAAGGGCUGCCGCUGUGUGGAGCUGGACGUCUGGGACGGAUCAGACGAUGAGCCAGUGAUCUACCACGGCUACACACUGACCUCCAAGAUCCUCUUCAAGGACGCCAUCAAAUCCAUUAAGGAGUACGCCUUUAAGACGUCAGAUUACCCCGUUAUUCUCUCCUUGGAGAACCACUGCAGUGUGGCGCAGCAGGAGGUCAUGGCCGAACACAUGACCUCCAUCCUGGGCAGUGCACUCGUCACGGCCCCCCUGGGAGGCGUAAUGCCCUCCGACUUUCCAUCUCCCGAGGAGCUGAAGGGCAAGUUCCUGAUCAAAGGCAAGAGGUUAAACAAGCUGGAGGCCAGUUUUGCUCCCGAGGCAGCUGCAGCUGAUGAAACAGACGUGACGGAGGAGGACGAGGCAAAUAGCGAAGACAGGGACGGACAGAAGGAGGAGGAGAAAAAAAAGGAGACAAAGAAGCUGAAACUAGCAAAAGCGUUGUCCGACAUGGUGGUGUACUGUAAGAGCGUCCACUUUAACGGCUUUGAGGACGCGAGACAAAACCUGAGCUUCUACGAGAUGUCGUCCUUCAAGGAGCCGAAGGCCAUGACACUGGCAGAGGAGUCGGCCAACUCGUACAUCCGCCACAACGUGGACAAGUUGAGCCGCAUCUAUCCAGCAGGCUCCAGGACCGACUCUUCCAACUUCAGCCCGGUGCCUCUGUGGAACGCCGGCUGCCAAAUAGUGGCCUUGAACUUCCAGACAACCUGCACGGACAUGGAUGUCCACCAAGGCCGAUUCCUGGUGAACGGAAAGAGCGGCUACAUCCUGAAGCCGGCCUUCAUGAGGGACGGAGCCACAGAGUUCGACCCCAUCACCCUGACCCGAGGACCCUGGCUCAAGCACAAGACGCUCCAUGUCAUGGUUAUAUCCGCACAGCAGCUCCCCAAAGUGAACACGAGGAAGACCUCCAUUGUGGACCCGUUGGUUAGAGUGCAAGUGUACGGAGUGCCGGCCGAUGUCGCUGAGAAAGAGACCGCCGCUGUUGCAAACAACGGUUUCAACCCAGCGUGGAAUGAAAACUUCCAGUUUGAUGUGUACGUGCCGGAGCUAGCGCUGGUGCGCUUCACCAUCGAAGACCACGACUCCACGUCCAGUAAUGACUUUGUCGGGCAGUUCACACUUCCAUUCGACAGCUUAAAAAUGGGAUACAGACACGUGCCUCUGCUCGGUAAGAACGGAGACACGCUGCCCUCAUCUGGACUCUUUUUACACAUUAUGGUCCUCGAUGUCGAGUGAGACGUCGCCAACUGUGCUGCUGCAGGAAAUAAGGACCUCCGUUUCUGCUGUUAAUAAAUCCUGUGUGUGUGUUUUUUUUCUCUACUGUUUUAGGUUCAUGAGUAACCUAUUACCCGCAUUCCAGUAGUUUAAGCUGCUACUUUGAAUGUCAGAUAAAGACCACAAUGUUUUCAGCAAGCUUAGCACCUAUGACUGCAACUGGAAAGGAAGUUGUAAUGUGACGUGUGCCCGUUUUUAUAAUGCUCCAUUUGAGUCACAUUACACCUUUUACGUCUCUAAUUUCCAGUAAGUGAAUGCAUUUUUUGUUUUAAAAUACGCUUUUAUGAAUUCUGCAGAAACAUAAGCCAACAUGGAAACAAUGUGCUUUGUAUUAUUAAGUAAUUUUAGCUAAGUAUGACGUCUUUUUGUAAAUCACAAUGAAGAUAAAGGUUUUCAACAUGAACACCUGUCUCGCUUUUUUUUUUUUUUAUAUCUCCUCGCUGAUGAUGGCUGCGGCUGGGGGGAAAAAACAAAACAAAAACUAAAAUAUUUUUUGUGGCCUGCCUGUUCCCAUUGUCAAGAGCUCCUGGAGAGAGUUUCUUCAAAUGUCAACUUGGACUCAAGAUUAACAAAGCCCACAAGUUGGUAAAUGUCGAACAGGAUAAAAUGAUAAAAAAGGAUGACAUUUUAGACAAACGGCAACGCUGAUUACAGGAGGCGGCAAACUUUUUCUAGCACAUUUGAAGGAAACUGUCUAGAUUAUCUGAGGAUAAAUUUAUAAACUCUAGUCUUAUAAGACAUUAAAGAUGAUUCAAUAAGCCUGGGGCUUCUCCUGCAGUGAAAUCACAUGUAAUAUUACAACAGUAUUGUACCUUGGUUGGUGACUUAACAGGGAAAGAAGCUUUAUAGUUUCUACAGAAUGAAACCAUUAACCAGUUGAACUUUGGACGGGGACGCCUUAGAUACACAGUGUUCCGGGAGGUGGUGACCAUAAAUUCACAGCUCAUGGACUAGCUUAUGUUUGAGUGGCAUUUGACUACUUAAACAUAUCUUAUUUUUUUUUGCAACUCUCACUGAACAGCUGUUUCUGGAAAAAUCCUCCAAAGAGGACUCGCUGGGCAACGGCAGACGCCGUUAGCACCUAGGAAACAAAGUGGAGCAUUUAGCAGCUAAAGAGACAUAAAGAGCCAAACGUAGAAUAAAUACUGGAGUUGCAGUUGGUCUGGAGCUACAUCAGCACAAACUAAACAGGCACCUGUAUGCUAUGCUUUCAGUUUUGUUUGUUUACUGACAUGUAAGAUCAAAUGAGCUUGUUUCAAGAUGAAGCUUGUGUACGCAAAGUUUGUCAUUAAGAUGCUGACAGAAGACGAGCAAUAUUCCUUCAUAAAAUGUGCUUUAUUGUGACAUUAUUUGAAGGAAAUUAAAGUAUGAAGUGAAAAAAAAAAAAGUACAGUGAGCUUUUCUAACAGAAGACAGUGACAUUCUGGUGACUUGAGUUACAAGAU